AUGGGCUCUAUUAGGUUAUGUGGUUUGAUGAUUACUUCUUUCCUUGCAAAGGCCGCGAGGCCGGCAGGGCCGGGCUUCGAGGCUUCGGCUCUGCCAGCAGCCCUCGCGCAAGAAGGAGCGUCGGACACUUGCGGGCAAUUUCGUGCCGAGAAGGUUGUGGGGAGCACUCUCUGUCGCUGUCCUGAAGGCCUUGUCACCAGUCACGAGUGCAGUCCUGUCAGGGCGGGUGAGGGAAAAACCGAAUUCCAUGAGAACGAUGGCUUCAUAGUCUUCCACGAGCCCGGAGAGGACACAAUAGAUAGAGUACCCAUGAAAGACUGCCGGUGCGACCAUCCCUGCUUUUCCUUUAGAAAUGUCGUGCUCAAGCAUGAGACAGACGGAGCUGUGUGCGAGUGCAAAGAGGGUCGCCAUCUUUUGGCCGUAGGGGCUUGCGGCGCAGGGUGGGGCGUGACGGAGUUCCCCUUGGCCGGGGCUUCGAAAAACUGCUCGUGCGAACUACCCUUUGACUUCGGGGCAAUUCGGCCUCGGAGCCCCGUCCACGUCUCGGCUUUGAACUUCUGUGCAGCCGCCGGGAAUGCAUACCGUAAAAAGAUUGGAGAGGCGAGCCCGUUCUUUCAGAAGAGCCAGGAAAGCAGGCAUCGAAAAUUAAUGCCCAAGACUUUGAAGCGCCUGCACCUGACCCCCGAGCUGUGCCAAGCGGUAGUCGCGGGCUCCUUCAGCAAUUCUGAAAAGAAGAAAGCCCCAUGGCUGGAAGAAGCGGCGGAGCUGUCCGAGCACGAUGGCUCCAAGGGCUUCGGGCGCUUAGAUCCACUCGUGGGCAGCACGCUUCGGCACCACCUGCGACAAGUUUGCCACGACGAGUGCACUUUGAUUGUCGAAGAGGUUGUCAACACUUCUUGGGAUGUUUACUACGACUUUGCCAAGGGCCUCAGCACCGAGCAGUCCUGCGCGGAUCGCGUGGUGCGCAGGGUCGAGGCCGAGGUGCUGGGCUGCUGCGGUCGUGCCUGCGGCUGGAGUGGGCGAAGCUGCACGAGCUGGCCCUUCCUCUCCCAAGAUAACCAGGCUGCUUGGCUGGCGGAGUGCUGUACUGAGUACAACGUCCUGAAGAACUCGAGCAGGGAGAUGAUGUGCAACAGCGUCCUGACCCAACAAGAUGCUGAGCUCGUCUCUGAGCAUGACCUCUCAGCAGAAGGAAAGGAUGCUGCGGCCACCUACCUUGGCCAAGAUCCGCGCCUCCUUUGGACCGCUGAAGGUGCCGCGUCCGAUCUUGGGAGCAAGUAUCACUUCUUGGAUCCGCCCCCCAGAGCCGGCCACGCUGUGGCAGAAGAGCUGCUGAGGCAGGAGCCCAACAUCCGUCAGAGGGGGCUCACGAACGGCUGGUUUGUCAUGGAGAGCGCAGAGACGGAGAGCUCCUCGCCAGUGGCCACUUCCUUUUUGACUGUCGCAGCGGCGGCGGAUUGCGAGACGGGCCCCCUGGACAUGACGAGGUGCUCAGCAGACUUCAAGCGGUGGCAGCAUGAAGCAUGCGUCGAGGGUGCAGGCUGGCAAGCCAGGAAAGUCAGCAAAGGCAGGGGGCGCAGACCGGGCUGCAAGCAGUCCGCAGCCGUUCAUGUUGCCACGCCUCAAGAGUGUCUUGAAGCAGACCCCAACGGAUUCAGCAAGAUCGUCAGGGGUGAAGAGAGGUUAGCGGGGGAGGAGGAGGCCCGCUACUUUGAGUACAACAAAGGCCAGGACGGCCCGCCCAUCGCGUGCUACGUGGUCUCCGAAAACUUCCCGUGCAACUUCGAGGACGUUGAGUCUGGAGCCUGGGUAUUGGACAAGCUCGUGUUCGUGAAGCCUUUGACGUAUCACUGA